CCUGUAUUCCAAUAUGGCGGCGCGCACAGAGCGUUUGCUUCACCAGUAUAGGCGGCAUCUGAUGUGAAUCGCGUAGUUUGGGCGAAUGCCUAGUUGAGCUGCGACGGGUUUCUCAUGAUCGAUCGACUGUUCGGGAAUCGGGUUCCCCAUGCUGAGAGUGCUGCGGGAGUGGGUUGAGGCCUUCCAGGGACUCAUUGGGCGGAAGCGGCGGCGCGAGUCGGACUCGGAGGUCCGCGUCGUCAACCUGGAUGACGACUCGGACGACGAGGUCGAGUUCUGCGGGGAGCUGGAGCCGCGCCGUGUCGAGGCUGGGCUUGGCCCCCGUGGACGGGCAUCAGCGCUUUUCCCUAGAGGCUUAGAUGGAGCUUUCGGAGAUUUGAGGGGACUCCCGGGUUUCACUCGUCCGACGCUUUCCGUGAGGUCCAACCGGCCGAAUUGGCCGGAGUGCCUGCAGUCGCAGCCUUCCCCCGAAACGCCCGAGUCUUAUCGGCUCCAAUCCCUGUCCCCCAGGCGGAGCAGUCUUGUUGGCCGCAGUCCUCCGGUGAAACGACUGAAGCUUGCCCAGUAUUUAAAAGAGCAUCAGACGAAAGCCAGCCUGGAGCAACAGCAGAAGGAGAACGUCCCUGGUGUCAUGGUGGAGCCAGCAGGUGUUGGAGAAGAAAAGUUGCAGGCAAGUCCGAAGGCCAAGGUGAAAGAUGGAAGCGAGCCAAAACCUGCAGAAAAUCCAGUGUUGUCCUUGUCCCUCUCCUUCGUGCAAAGGACAUCCACCCCCUCGGCCGUGGGACGCUCGCCGUCCAUCGGUAGUCGCAUCGGAUCUCACUCCUGGAGCCUUCGCAAGAAUGUCCUCUCCUCCAACAAAGGCGAGUACUCUUCCCUUGCUAGCAGCCUCUCGCGCUCCUUCAAGCCUGAAUGGAGGGAGAAGAAGAAGGGAACCCCUGUUUUUUGCAACAUCUUCAAAUCGAUGAAGCCCUUCCAAAGUGAUAAACGAUCCUGGUUCCGACCUGAGGAAAAGAGAGCAUAUGCUCAAGUUCUCCUUGAAGCCAUCUCCCCAAGGCACAGUCCUUUUCUCCGUUCCACUUCCAUCAAUGGGCCAAAGAGCUCGUAUUCAUCGAGAAUGAUGUCCGUGUCUUUGCACUUGGCAAGCCCCCUUCGUCCCCCUUUGCACAACCCAAAAGAGACAUCCCCAGGACCUACUUCUUCUGCUGAGCCGACUACUGGGGAUGAUGAGGUCCAAGUGUUGGAUGUGCUUCCUUCACCCGUGGACAAAGUUCCAGUGCGGGAUGUGAGACGCUCGCCCACGGAAGACAUCCAAGUGCUUGCGGUGAAAGUGAAGCAGCAAGGCAAGGGCCGCAAGCCGCGAGCCAAGUAUGGGGAAGAGGCAAGGGAAAGGGAGGCACAGCUGGCAGCUCAAGAACGAGAGGUCGAAUUCUGUGCCGAGAACCGCCGUCGUGCCGUGGAGCGACUCACGACCGACCUGCACGACCGGCUCCGAGUGAAAGAGGCCGUUGUACUCUUGGAUGAGGAAGAGGAAGAAGAGGAAGUGAAGGAAGAUGUUAGGGAGGUUCUUCUUGAGCGGGAGUUCCCCCAACUAACCCCUGAAAUGGAGAAUGAGAUCAAUGCUGCCCUGCACCCAAUCCCAGCGACCGAAGUCCUCGUCGAGAACUACAACAUCCCCAUCAAGCGAAGCGAUGUCCAGACGCUGAAGAAUCUCAACUGGCUGAACGAUGAAGUCAUCAACUAUUACUUCAACCUGAUCAUGAACCGCAGCGAAGGCGGGCAGGGUGACUUGCCACGUGUCUACUGCACCUCCACCUUCUUUUACCCGCGACUCAACUCGGGAGGGUAUUCCGCUGUCAAGAGGUGGACACGGAAGGUGGACAUCUUCAGUAAAGAUCUGGUGCUGGUCCCAGUGCACCUUGGGAUGCACUGGACGCUGGCUGUGAUCGACAUGACGGAGAAAGGGAUCCGCUACUAUGACUCCAUGGGCCAUGAGAACUCCCAUUGCCUCCGCCUUCUUCUGGACUACAUCCAGGAGGAGUAUAAAGACAAGAAGAAGGCACAGCUGGAUGUUGCUGCUUGGUCCAUGCAAUCUGUCAGGGAGAUUCCACAGCAGAAGAACGGGAGCGACUGCGGGAUGUUCGCGUGCAAGUUUGCCGACUUCGUCUCCCGUCGCCUCCCGAUAGUCUUCGACCAGGAACACAUGCCAUACUUCAGGCGACGCAUGGUCUUCGAGAUCUUGCAAAACAAAUUGCUUACGUGAUUCCCACGAGUUGAGGAAACCCAGAGACUGUGAGGAGUCUUACGUGCUGAAAGAGUACACAGACAUUGGCUUUUGCCACAAAUUGAUUUUUUUUAAAGCAGAAUAUGCC